AACAACAACCACACUUCUUCAGAUCCUCUGAACAGAAAAAAAAAAUACUAAUAAAAUACUAAGGCUCUGUUUGGUUUGAGAAAAUUUUCUCUCUUUCGAAACUAAAGCAACCCAAGAUCCAAAGACAAUAUUUUCUUUUUUCUUUCAGUUUUUCCCUUCCAAUUUGCUUUUUUCCAAAUGCAAAUCUUUUUAGAAUCUCCACUGGAGUUCUCAAAUAACCAUUGAAGAAGAUGUUGUCUUUGUUAAAGACUGUCUUUUUCUUCUGGAUGCUAAUCUGGGUCUUAAGCUUUACGCUCAGCUAUGGCCGCCGCCGCAUCUUCACUUUCGAGAUGCUCCACCGUUUCUCUGAACCCGUCAAGAACUGGUCCUUCGCCACUGGAAAGCUCUCUCAUUGGCCUGUAAAAGGCUCUUUUGAAUACUACGCCGUUCUGGCUCACCAUGAUCGCCUCCUCCGCGGCCGCAAACUCUCUGAUAUCAAUGCAACCCUUUCUUUCUCUGAUGGUAACUCCACUUUUCAGAUCAGCUCUUUAGGAUUUUUACAUUAUACAACAGUGCAAUUGGGGACUCCAGGGGUGAAGUUCAUGGUGGCACUUGAUACAGGGAGUGAUCUUUUAUGGGUGCCCUGUGAUUGUACCAAAUGUGCUCCAACCGAAGGAACUACUUAUGCUUCUGAUUUUGAGCUUAGUAUAUACGACCCUAAAGGAUCAUCGACAAACAAAAAGGUCACCUGCAACAGCAGCUUGUGUGCACACCGUAACCAAUGUCUUGGAACAUUCAGUAAUUGUCCUUACAUGGUGUCUUACAUGUCGGCUCAAACUUCUACUUCUGGCGUUCUAGUGGAGGAUGUUCUUCACCUAACAACUGAAGAUGAUCAUGCAAAAUUCGUAGAGGCAUAUGUCACAUUUGGCUGUGGGCAGGUACAAAGCGGUUCAUUCCUCGAUGUUGCAGCUCCCAAUGGAUUGCUUGGACUUGGUAUGGAGAAGAUAGCAGUUCCUAGCAUUUUAUCACAGGAAGGUUUAACAACUGAUUCUUUCUCCAUGUGUUUUGGACAUGAUGGAGUUGGAACAAUCAGUUUUGGAGACCAAGGUAGUCCUGACCAGGAAGAGACACCAUUUAAUCUUAACCCAUCACAUCCAACCUAUAACAUUACCGUAACUCAAAUUCGGGUGGGGACAACUUUAAUUGGUGGUGAUUUUACUGCUCUUUUUGAUUCUGGGACCUCGUUUACAUACUUGGUUGACCCAACAUAUUCAAAUGUUGCUAAGAAUUUCCAUUCUCAGGCACUAGAUAGGUGGCACCCACUUGAUCCAAGGAUCCCUUUUGAGUACUGUUAUGAUAUGAGCCCUGGUGCAAAUGCUAGUUUAAUACCUAGUAUGAGUUUAAUAAUGAAAGGUGGUAGUCACUUUCCUGUGUAUGACCCAAUAAUUGUCAUUUCCACUCAGAUUAAACUUGUAUACUGCUUGGCUGUCAUCAAGAGUACAGAACUGAAUAUUAUUGGACAAAACUUUAUGACCGGCUACCGUGUGGUGUUUGACCGAGAAAGAUUUGUCUUAGGCUGGAAGAAGUUUGAUUGUUACAAUGUUGAAACUAAAACAUCCGAAGUAGAAUCACAUCCUGCCUCUGCACCUCCUACUUCUGCUGCUGGAAUCCAUAAUUAUUCUACCCCAGAAUCAACAAAAGAUAUCAGGAAUAACAAUUCUCGCACUUCAGUUGCCUUGCGAUCUUGCCAUCCCUAUGUUUCAGUUCUGUCAUUCUUUGGAGUUGUCUUCCUUUUGCCUCUAUUGUUGUAGGGCAUUCUUGGCUACUUUCUGAAGCCAGUUACAGUCCCCUGCUAUAGCAUAUUUAGGCUAUAUCUUUCCUUUAUCUUCAUAGAAAUAGCAAUGAAAAUACCUUUACCUGUUUCAUAGUGUAUGCCAUGGUUUAGCAAACCUCCUUUUUUUUUAGAUGAUAAAAAUUGAUCCGGGCUUCAUUAGGCUCUACAUGCGAUUGUAUCAUUGCCUAUUGUCCAUAUCUUUUCAUUUCCUUUUAGCAUUUAGCAAAGGAUAGGUAUCUGUUCAUUUUUAUUGUUGUAUUUUUUUAACAUGGACACACAAACAUUAUUGUCUUUCAUAUCAUCAUAUAUGUAGCUACGAUACAAAAUUUAGCUCAUUUCUGGUGGAAUAACUCUGUCCAACAAAGCCUGACUCAGUUUCUGUCCAAUAUGUUUCAAUUUUCAACUUUGCAAUCCAAUUUUCUGCUAGCAGC